GAAGGGCAAAGCUUGAGACUUAACGAAUAAGGGUAUGUUUGUGGCCUAUGCGCCUGCUCCUCGUGGUGGCCGGUAUGCAUCUAAUUUCAUUUACUAUUUAUGAAUCGGCCACGUGACAAGUCAACAACCUCUCCAGCACGAUUGCCUGUUUGACCGACACCGUCCAUUUCGACGGAGAAGGAGGAAAAAUCAUCUUCCAAUUGUGAAUUAUCGCACUUGAUUUGAUAAAGCGCGGAUAUUUAAAAGAGCGCCCGGUGGAGUUUCGCCGACAGUUUCUGAGUGCUCGACUUGAGGAAUUAGAAACGAAGCACUGCAAUCAAACCGCUGAUAAGCACGCGAGUGAUACGGGCGACUAGUGAUAUUUACUUAGAGGCAACAUGGUCUUGACCGACAGAGAGAACGUGAAAAUAGCCAGGAACUCUAAGGCUGAGGCGAAGCAUCAAAAUGGCCGCCAGGAUAAUAAAAACGACACUAAGAACAAGGAAAACGGAGUCGGGAGCCUUCACCAUGAGGUGAAGAUAAUCGAUCCAUCUGAAUUGUUGAGGCCUGAGCCGAAAUUCGCACAGAAACCAAUUAGCCAUUUCAGGGACUAUUCUGUAGAUGAAAACGAUCCAAUCAAAGAAAGGGUCCGCAAGACAUAUGAGGACAUGCAUACCAACCAGACCGUGCAGUUUGUAAGAGACAAAAUGGAUCAAUGGUGCAAAUUCAACCACUUCAAGGCCACAAUGAGGGAAGCACUUGAAAAGCUGAACGAGUUGGUUGACGAAAGUGAUCCAGAUGUCAACAUCCCCAACAUCGUCCACGCCUUCCAGACAGCAGAAAGGAUCAGGAAAGAUUAUCCCAACGAUGACUGGUUCCAUCUCACUGGGCUCAUCCACGAUGCUGGAAAGAUUUUGGCGAUGUACGAUGAACCCCAAUGGAGUGUGGUAGGAGAUACUUUUGUCGUUGGCUGUGAUUGGAGCAAAAACAUCGUAUACCGGGAUGAAUCUUUCAAAAACAACCCAGAUGCCAACAACCCGAAAUACAACACCAAAUACGGUAUGUAUGAAGCAAAAUGCGGAUUGGAUAACCUGUUGAUGUCUUGGGGCCAUGACGAGUACCUUUACAGGGUGCUAGUUCACAACAACACCAAACUACCUGCAGAGGCUCUGGCUAUGAUCAGGUUCCACAGCUUCUACCCAUGGCAUUCAUCUGGAGACUACUCUCAUCUACUCACUGAGGAGGACGAGAAGACCAAGCAAUGGGUACUCAAAUUCAAGUAAGUAAAAACAUUCUCUUUUGUACAACAGAGCCAACUAUGCAGGGUGUUUUGAAAUGUGGGACAUUCAGUUCCAUAAACAAACAUAAGGAAUAAACUGAGAAAUAGUAAAUCGAAAAUUGAUGAAAAUUGCGACCAUAUAAAGGAUGUCCCAAAAUUAAGGAAAGUUUUAAAUUAAAUAGAAAACACAGUUUUGAGUCUUUAGAUUGUUGUUUUUUAUUGAACCAUUAAGUUCUUAGAAUAGGGUUACGUAUGGAACACUCUUUUGUCGAAAUGUUUCAUGACUUUUCUGGCUGAAUUUCGUUGAUGCAUGGUUUAAUUCCAUCUGCGGAUACUAAACUUUCAUUAUUUUUGAAAUAUUGUUCAAUAAUGAAAUACGUUGUUGUAUCGUAUAAAGCUCCAUUAUUAUUAACCUCUCAGCCGUCAAAUUUUUCUUUUUUCAGGGCUGCCUACAAUUUACUUCAAACAUGGCGGCAAAUUCAAAUCUUGCGUUAAUUAUUGUAUACCCUUUAUUUGAUGAGACACAUGAUUCUCAUAAGUGUACUGUUUAAAGCUGCCGCCGCUGGUUUCCAAAAACAUAUUCGUGUUGACGUGUCCACUAUUCUGGGGUUUCUAGGUGCUCCACAGUGCAUAUUUCGACGAUUCUUGAAAUAUCCCGUUUUACUAGCCUUCUGGGGGAAAACAAAACACUAACCGUAGACUAACAAUCAUGUCGACAAACUCGUCACUUCUAUUGUUCCAUUUUCAGUUUCAUCAAAUCCGAUUUGUAAACAAACAGCACAAUUUACCUACACAACGCCUGGGUUGAGUAGUGACACGCUUCGUGUCUUUUCACCUAACAGCAGGGCCGUAUUCGAUAUCGCAGACCUUUUCUGAACCUAAUAUGCAGCUACGAAAAUUUGUUUAUUCUUACAAGAACUAUACAGGGUGCUUCAGUUUAUUGUUGCAUAACUUUAAGAUUCGAUAGAACUUUUAAAAUU